GAGAGAGAGAGAGAGAGAGAGCUGCCAGCAUUGGAGGGAGCGACCUCGAUGACUUUCCCUCCAACUCUUCAAAACAGAUGAUUAGCAGAAACGUGAGCUCUGCAUCGCGGGACCGAAACUUCUUCCUAAACCUCAUCAGCAAAGCCUCCAGUCCCCACCAACUCAGCCAAACUCACGCCCAAAUCAUCCUCAACGGUCUUCGCACCGACCUCGUCACAGUCACCAAGCUUACCCACAAGCUCUCAGACCUCAAUGCCAUCAACCAUGCCCGCAAACUGGCCUUCUCCUUCCCCAAUCCCGACCUCUUUCUCUUCAACGUCCUCAUCAGGGGCUUCUCCCAGAACAGCGAUUCCUCCUCUGCCAUUUCUCUUUACCUGCAUUUGCGUAGAAACACUAGUCUCAACCCCGAUAAUUUUACUUAUGCAUUUGCCAUAUCAGGCUCUUCAUCGCUUUUGCGCGAGAAUAAUGGGGUUCUGUUGCAUGCACAUUCGAUUGUCGAUGGGUAUGGUGCCGAUUUGUUUGUCGGCUCUGCCGUUGUUGACUUCUACUUUAAGUUGUCGCGGCUUGCGUCGGCACGCAAGGUGUUCGACGGAAUUUCUGAGCCAGACACGGUUUUGUGGAAUACGAUGAUAUCUGGGUUGGUGAAAAAUUCUUGUUUUGAGGAAUCUAUUCGGGUUUUUGGGGACAUGGUUGUGAAGGGAACCCGGUUAGAUUCAACCACUCUGGCUGCUGUGCUUCCGGCCACAGCGGAGUUGCAGGAGUUGAAAAUGGGAAUGAAGAUACAAAGUUUGGCUUUGAAAGUUGGGCUUCAUUCUCAUCUUUGUGUGCUUACGGGUUUGAUUUCAUUGUAUUCAAAGAGCGGGUACAUCUCCAUGGCGAGUUUAUUGUUUGGACAGAUUGGGCAACCGGACUUGAUAUCCUAUAAUGCUAUGAUUUCUGGCUAUUCUUGCAACAAUGAGACUGUGUCUUCAGUGGGACUCUUCAGAGAGUUGCUCCAAUCUGGGGCAAAAAUUAAUUCAAGCACAAUUGUGGGCUUGAUUCCUGUGUCUUCCCCCUUUGGCCAUCUGCAUCUCACUCACUGCAUACAUAGCUUCUGUGUGAAAUCUGGUACCGUUUCAAAUUCUUCAGUUUCAACUGCAUUAACUACUGUUUACAGUAGAUUAGGUGAAAUUGAAUCUGGAAGGCUGCUUUUUGAUGAAACUUCUGAGAGAAGUUUGGGAUCUUGGAAUGCCAUGAUAUCGGGCUAUAGCCAAAAUGGGUUAACAGAAAUGGCAAUUUCUCUUUUCCAGGAAAUGCAGAAACAUGAUGUCCGUCCUAAUCCUGUCACCGUUACAAGCAUUCUUUCAGCUUGUGCUCAACUUGGAGCUCUAAGUCUAGGGAAAUGGGUCCAUAGUUUAGCGAACAGAGAAGGUUUUGAAUCCAACAUAUAUGUGUCAACUGCUCUAGUUGAUAUGUACGCAAAGUGUGGUAGCAUCUCGGGGGCAAUGCAAUUAUUCAACAGAAUGCCAGAGAAGAAUGUGGUCACUUGGAAUGCUAUGAUUUCUAGUUUCGGCCUCCAUGGACUUGGGCACGAAGCACUGAGGCUCUUUAAUGAAAUGUUGCAUUCUGGGGUCCGUCCUACUAGAGUUACUUUUCUUUGUAGCUUGUAUGCUUGCAGUCAUGCUGGCCUGGUGAGAGAAGGAGAUGAAAUUUUCCAUUCUAUGGUCCAUGAUCAUGGCUUGGAGCCCUUACCUGAGCAUUAUGCUUGCAUGGUCGAUCUCCUUGGUCGAGCUGGACAGCUAAAUAAAGCUUUGGAAUUUAUCAAAAAAAUGCCAGUAGAGCCAGGUCCUGCUGAGUGGGGUGCAUUGCUUGGCGCUUGUAUGGUACACAAGGACAGAAACCUAGCGCGUGUGGCUUCUGAUAGAUUGUUUGAGUUGGACCCUGAGAAUACAGGAUACUAUGUCUUACUCUCAAAUAUAUACUCCGUUGAUCAGAAAUAUCCGGAAGCUGCUUCAGUACGGCAAGUGGCUAAGAAGAGAAAGCUGGCAAAAACUCCUGGUUGCACUCUAAUCGAAGUUGGUGAGAUACCACAUGUCUUUACAUCUGGUGACCAAUCACACCCGCAAGCAGCAGCAAUCUAUGCCAUGCUGGAGAAGUUGAUGGGAAAGAUGAAGGAGGCUGGAUUUCAAACAGAAACUGUCACAGCUUUGCAUGAUGUAGAGGAGGAAGAAAAGGAGCUAAUGGUAAAGGUUCAUAGUGAGAAGCUGGCCAUUGCUUUUGGGCUUAUUGCUUCUGAACCAGGAACUGAAAUCAGGAUUAUCAAGAACCUUCGAGUUUGUUUAGAUUGCCACAAUGCAACCAAAUUCAUAUCCAAGAUCACAGAGAGAGUUAUUGUCGUUAGGGAUGCAAAUAGAUUCCAUCAUUUCAAAGAUGGUGUAUGCUCUUGUGGAGACUAUUGGUGAAAAAGUUGCUGUCUACUUUGAUGGAGGUAUGCGGCUUGGAUAUAUCUCUUAACUUUCUUUUUUUCAUACUAUUUAGAGCAUCCUCAUUUUAUGGGUGAGCAUGGGUCAGCUUCGCUGUGAGACCAAAACCAAACCAAUGUUCCACAUUUGGAGAAUUUUCUGAAAAUACAAAUUAUAGUGAAGUAUAAGCCAACCAAACCAACAUGUGGUGGUUUGUGUUCGUUUGGGUCAAUGGUUCAGAGAUUAUUAAUUAACAUGUGUUUUGGA